CCGAUGAUUUCCUGUUUUUGGAAAACCGUGCUGAUGGACAUCACUCUUGGCGAACUUUUGCAGUCGUGAGUCACACGUUUGCCUUAACUUUACAAUUUACACGAUGAGAAAAUAAAACACCGCUUAUUGCGCGGAGAAUGGCGCAUGACGUCGGCGUCUCCAAUCGGGUACCGCAAAACUUGUGAAGAAACGAUGAACGAUUACAUUUUCAUCAGAGUCGUCGGCAAGGGGAGUUACGGAGAGGUGAACCUGGUGAAACAUAAAACGGAACGAAAACAGUAUGUAAUAAAGAAGUUGAACUUGACCACCUCUUCGAAGCGAGAGCGACGUGCUGCGGAGCAGGAGGCCCAGCUUCUCUCUCAGCUGCGACAUCCCAACAUUGUGACAUAUAGGGAGUCUUGGGAAGGAGGUGACUGCCAGCUGUACAUUGUCAUGGGUUUCUGUGAGGGAGGUGACCUCUAUCAUAGGCUCAAGCAGCAAAAUGGACAACUUUUGCCUGAGAGGCAGGUGGUGGAGUGGUUUGUCCAGAUAGCAAUGGCCCUCCAGUAUCUGCAUGAGAAGCACAUCCUACACCGGGACCUAAAGACACAGAACAUCUUUCUGACUAAGACCAACAUCAUCAAAGUGGGGGAUCUCGGAAUUGCACGGAUUUUGGAGAAUCAGAAUGAUAUGGCCAGCACACUCAUUGGGACGCCAUAUUACAUGAGCCCUGAGCUCUUUUCUAAUAAACCCUAUAACCACAAGUCAGAUGUAUGGGCAUUGGGAUGCUGUGUUUAUGAGAUGUCCACGCUGAAGCAUGCCUUCAAUGCCAAGGACAUGAACUCAUUGGUGUAUCGUAUUGUAGAGGGAAAGUUGCCUCAGAUGCCUAGUAAGUAUGACCCCCAGCUUGGAGAGCUGAUCAAAAGCAUGCUGUGUAAGAGACCCGAGGACAGGCCCGAUGUCAAGUUCAUCCUCCGACAGCCUUACAUCAAACGACAGAUUGCCAUGUUCCUUGAAGCCACUAAAGAGAAAACUGCCAAGUCAAGAAAGAAAGCCGCAGGUGGCAGCAGUGACAGAAGUGCCAACAGUGCAGUGCUUGUAGAGUCACCUCAGCCAAAAGCCGAGAGGCUUCCACCAAAUCCCCAACCGGAGCCUAUUGCCAAGGGAAGACGGAAAGAGAAUUCACAACAUAAAAGUAAAAAAGGUCUUAUAGAGCUACACAAAGCUCAGACACCUCCAUUGCCCAAAUCCCCUUCACCUGAUGCUGUCAAAGGAAGUGCAGUGUCCCUGGCAACCAUCAGCAACAUUAAUAUUGAUAUCCAGCCACAAGAAGACAAGGACCUGGUGGAAAGACGGUUUCAGCAGCCCCAGUCAGUUUUGCCAAACACCAAAGCUGGUGACAGACAGGCAACGGACAGUUCUACAAAAGACAGCAAGGGAAAGGGGAAACCGGAUCCCUUCCCUCCUUUCUUCCGUCAACCACAGCUAAAGCCAUUAUCAGAAGUUGAGAGAAAGGGGGGAGAGGAGAGAAGGCCAUCCAAUGGACUACUAGACAUUUGCUCACACGUGGCGCCGCCUCCUGGAGACAAACUUCCUGCCUUCACAAAGAAACAAAAAGCAGAUGCGAAUGAUAAAGAUGAUACAAUGGAAUUACUUAGGGAGGCUGAGAUGGCAAGACCAAAGCGUAAAGUCGGGAGAGAGGCUGCUGUAUCUGUUAGUGACCCUGAGCUGUGGUCUGCAGAUGAACCCAAUAGAGAAAACGUCAGGGAAACUUUGGAAGGGAAUAUGGACAGUAAAAAUGACACUGCCACCCCCCUCAAGGGAACCCCAACGCAAAACCAUACCUCAGAAACCCAAGAGAGCCUAGAAUCUACUGAAAAACUAUUAGAGCCCCUUCCUCCCUCCAUAGCGCUGGAACCUUUUCAGCAUGAGUCCUCCUCAGCAGUCACCAAGCUGGGCCUGCCUCUCACAGGCCCCACUUCCCACAUUUAUUUGGAAUCUUCAGUCUCACAACAACACUGUCAGACACACAAGGACAAGUCCAAGGCAGCAACUACUAGACCGCUACCUCCCCCGCCUGUAUACGCCGUAGCCAUAGAAGGGAAGAAGAGGAGCAAGGGGAGCACAGAGAAAAAGAAAACUGCAGUUCCUACACCUUUCACAUCAACUGGCACCCCUAAAUGUGGAUUCUCACCACUGCCACAGGACCGUCCUCUUUCUGCCAGAGAGAGGCGAAGACUGCGACAGUUCCAAGAAAACCUCAGCAAUCCAGCUGUUGGUGAUGUAAGAAGAGCAUCGUAUGAUGUCACUCCCUCAAAGCCUGAGCUCCAACAUACCCCAGUCACCCGAUCCAGUUCUGAUUCCAUCAGCGAGGCUGAAAAGAAGGAUAGGUUGCUGGGGCAACGGUCAGAUGAAGAUGAAUGCAGCUCAUCCACAAGUUCUACAGAGCGCUCAGAGGGGGACUGCAGAGAACGUAAGAGUGAAUCCACUGACAUGCAGGAUCUAGUUCAGAUGAUGACUCAAACAUUGCGCAUGGAUGGCAGAGAUGGUGUGAGCGAGCUAAACGGAAAUAGCUCUACUGCAUUACCAGAGUUUAAACUGAACAGGAAGUACAGAGACACCCUGGCGCUUCAUGGAAAAGCUCAUGAGGAAGAAGAGGAGUUCCCAUUCAGCAAAAUACCAGCUGGCUCCAAAUCUGGCCCAGCCAAGAUCCUGAGGGCUGUUGAGCGCCUGAGGACAGAUGUGGUGAAAGGUUUAGGUGUCAAGCUGUUAGACAAAGUCAUGGACAUCAUGGAGGAGGAGGAUGAGAACAAGCGAGAGCUUUGUCUUCGGGAGCAAAUGGGAGAGAAGUACCAAACCUAUGCUGUGAUGGUGAGGCAGCUGAAGUUCUUUGAGGAAGUUGCCCUCAAAGAUUAAAAAAAAAAAGUUAAAAGUGAAAAUUAGCUGACUUUGGUUUGGCAAUCUUAUGGAAAUGUGUAUAAAAUAUUUUGGUACCUCACUUUUAGUAAAAGAGAUAUACAGUUUAUGAUUUCCAUGAAACCUAUGCAAGGAUCGUGAGAUUCUAAACAUUAGUUGUCUUUUUACUAACUGUAGAGUUUUCCUAGCAGUGAUUGAGUGGCUAAUUUAUUUGCAUGAUAAAAUUUCAAGAAUUGAUCCUAUGAUGUAUGUAUGUUACAGAUCUUAGAUUUCAUUUGUUCUGCUUUUUGUAUUUUUAUAGUCACAAGAUAAUGUAGAUGUAUUGUAGAGGUUUACAAAACAAUCUUUGAAUAAAGUUACAAAUUGAAUUUUUCCUUAACAAGCUUGAACAGGUUGAGCAAAAAUGUUAGGACAGAUUCAUGGACUAAUCAAACGA